GGCCGCAGGCAGGCUGCGAGGGCGCUUUUUGCAAUGGCAGAAUGCAUGUCGAUAGACGUCAUUUGCUUUUAAUGGCCCACAGGAUAUUUGGCGUCGAGAUGCUGCUAUACGUUAUCGAAAGGACGGAGGGAGACGCGGCACGAAAAGACUGUCCACGGAAAUCUGCAUAUUCAAUACCGUAAUUUUGUACAGAUACUUUAUCAACAAGUUAUAGUGCUUCCCCGUAAUAGCGGUCUAACUCCAAGGGAGAAGCGUGCACUGCAUUACUUAUUUGAGAACAGAAAAUGUAGUUGGAAAUGCCCGAGGAAAUAUUACAUCAGACGAAAUGACAAUGAUUAAAAUCUGUUUUUUUUCCACUAUGUCUAUUGAGCGACGUGACACUGGCCUGAAACUGAACAACACUAAAACCGUUAUCCCCCUGCAAACCUAGAACUUGAACCGUUACAAGGACCGAUGUUUUUUCUCUCUUUUGAAGAAAAAAUAAGGGGAAAAUAAAGGGGGUAAAAAUCACCAAUGAUUCGGUGUAAUCGUAAUCAUCAUCGCGGCAGGAAUAUAGUACUUUUUCAUCUUGAAAUUAUCUUGGGCAAGAGUAGGGUUGAGCUAAUUGUAGCCUAAUCCUUGCCCCAGAGGCGUUUGGAAAGCCCGGAGCAAGAAUUCUUUUUUAGCUCUCCUCUGUUAUUUAGAGACGGAUUAUUGGCUUUCUCUUCUCAUAACAGACACGGCCGUUUUCAUUUUAGCAAAAAAGAAGGACAAGAAGCUAAAAAAUCUCGCAUCAGGAGACAGGCGUCCGUUUAACGUGUACAUAUUUUAAAUCUGCGCAAACAAUAAAGCUGAAAAGGGGGAAGGAAAGGAAUUCUUCUUAUGUUCAAGGAAGGACGGAGCAUGUCACGCCUAUCUUUGACCCGGUCCCCCGUCUCUCCGCUGGCCGCGCAGGGGAUCCCUCUGCCGGCUCAGCUGACAAAGGCGAACGCCCCGGUGCAUAUAGACGUUGGGGGACACAUGUACACCAGCAGCCUGGCCACCCUGACCAAAUACCCGGACUCAAGAAUCAGCCGCCUAUUUAACGGCACCGAGCCCAUAGUGCUGGACAGUCUGAAGCAGCAUUACUUUAUCGACCGUGACGGCGAGAUCUUCCGGUACAUUCUCAGCUUCUUGAGGACCUGCAAAUUGCUCCUCCCAGACGACUUCAAGGACUUCCAGCUGCUGUAUGAGGAGGCGCGAUACUACCAGCUGACGCCCAUGAUCAAGGAGCUGGAUCGCUGGAAGCAGGAGCGCGAGCAGCGGCGGCUGGCCCCUCCCUGCGACUGCCUGGUGGUGCGCGUCACGCCCGACCUGGGCGAGCGCAUCGCGCUCAGCGGCGAGAAGGUGCUCAUCGAGGAGAUCUUCCCCGAGACGGGUGACGUCAUGUGCAACUCGGUCAACGCCGGCUGGAACCAGGACCCCACGCACGUCAUCCGCUUCCCGCUCAAUGGCUACUGCAGGCUCAACUCUGUGCAGGUUCUGGAGAGACUCUUCCAGAAGGGCUUCAGCGUGGCGGCGUCCUGCGGGGGCGGAGUCGACUCCUCCCAGUUCAGCGAGUACGUCCUCUGCCGUGAGGACCGCCGGUGUCAGCCCCUCAACACGCCGAUCAGAAUAAAGCAGGAGCCCCUGGACUAGAGCAUGCUGGGAAAAGAACUGGCACUGAGGUGGACUGUGACUGAACAGAGCAGGGCCACCUCCUCCAUCCAAUGAAAAGGAUCAACGAGGAACACUUAUGUACUAGCGUUUUGUUUUGAGCGGACAGUGCCAGCCCCAAGGAACUUGGAGAACUGAAGGGAAUGUAAUUAAAAAAAAAAAAAAAAGAACGUAUACAAAACAUCUUGAUCGUGCCAGGAACACCCAAAGAAGUUCAAGCGAGGGACUGAUCUCUCACAGGCGAGCCCCCAUCCUCGGCUCUGCUUUAGGGGCGCGAUGAGCUGCGAGGUGGGACGUUUGGGACAGAUUCUGCAGGGGAGCCGACGCCCCCCACUUCAGCGUAUCCCAGCGUGUCGUCCAGUCCUGUCCAUGUGCGUGUUGUGUGGCGAUGCGGCUGAAAGUGAACAGCGCCGGCAUGGGGGCAGACGUCCCUGGCUCUAAGCAUGCUCGCUCUUGGAGAACCCCAAAUGUAGCUGAGGACUACUACCCACUCACAGUCCACUUGACCUGGGCUUUAUAUAAAACAACCCCCCCCCCCAUUCUAAAUAUGGAAUCCAUUGUUUUGUUGGCUGUUUAUAUAAACUAGUGUUCUUAUCAAAAUUUGCUUGUAUUCCAGCCAUGAUCUAUGGCUUUGUUUUGUUUUGUUUUCCAUAUGAAGGAUUUCUGCACCUAGAUUUCAAAAGUCAUGGGACAUUAGGGCAUAAGUAGGGGUUGCUUGGUGCUCACUCUAAAAACACUAUUACGCCCCGAGGCUGCAUGGAUGAAGCCGCCUGCCCGAUUGUUAGAACAGGACUGCAGGGAGAACCUGUGUUCUCCUUUAGCUGCAAAGCGAUUUCAAAAUCUUCACUCAAGAAUAUGCACCAGCUACUCUAGUACAGCAGGAAAGCUACCAGCACGGUAUUAUCUUAAUUAGCCACAGAACAAAUGGCGUAUGGUCUUCUGACAUUUUCACGUUGGAACCCCACACUGAAUUGAAACAAUAUCCAUGUGCUCUUUUGUUAAACAUGGUACAGGUGUCUGAGAGAGGACAGAAAACACCAGUGUUAUUUUACAGACACUGCUCUCUGUAUGUCUGGAGGUCCAUGACAUGAAGCAGUAGAGCUUUGUGCUGGUUUCAGUGACCCAACACCCAGCAUUUAAGUAUAGGAAGUACCCCCCCUCCCCCCCAGAAUAAAAUACCCAACCCCCUGAUCUUCAUCGUGUGGGACCCAGAGUGUCUCUGGGAACAAUCAAUGGCCUCCAUCAUUGUGGCAACCCCCCCCCCCAGGCCGGCAGUGCUCUGCCUUCACUGUAUAGCAGGGGGAGGGGGGCUUGAAGCGGGCCAUUGUACCUAGGCAGAUCACAGCCUGAGGGGACCUUUGGAAGUAGAGCAGGGAGAUGGAUCGGGUCACAUGGUUAUCCAGCGGACACUCCCCACCUGGGACUGAAGGCACUUUGCAAAGCCUCCCCCCCCCAUGUGGAUCCCCACUGAUAACCCCUCAGUUAGCAGCUUGCGGCUCAGUUUAAUCAGAACGGCUGUGGGGAGAACCGCCAUCAAGUUAACGAUUUACAGGAGUUAGAAAAGGCCCCCCUUCGUCAAGGCAGGGCGGAGCGGAGUACGCAGAGGUGUGAUCCCUCCGUCCGAGUCGGAGAGACUGAGCUCCUGAGAGCGGCCCAUAGGCCAGCUUCGCACUGAGGAGCAGCCAGCGGACCUCCGAGAGGCCACCUCCCCACCUCCUCACCACAUCAACACCUACACGAAAAACUCAAGCACACAUACGAAAAGAGAAUAGAGGGGAAAAAAAAGUCUAAUUUUCCACUUGUUUUUGAAGGCCGCUCUUCUGAAUGAUGUGUAGAAUUCUAUCUUACGCUUUGUUUAAAUGGAAGAACUCCAGUUAUGGAAAGAAGUGUCUCUUAUUUGAUAAGAUGAUGAUGAUGAUGAUGAUGAUGAUGAUGAUACUGCAUCACAGGGGUCCCUGCUCACUUUUUUGUGCUCCGUAGUCCAAUAAUUAGUCACUCAUAUAGUCUUUCGUAUAAUGAAAUGUAUUAGGACCCUAGGUUUGAGUGAGCUUUUUUGGUUAAAAAUAUAUUUAAAAACAAACAAACAAACAUGCAGACAGAUAACGAGAACCUCAAAGUCCUAUUUUCAUUUUCCUGGGAAAUCAGAAAUAAAAAAGAAAUUGCAAGCAAUAUGUUGUGUAAAUAUGGAUUUUCUAAAAGCAUUUCAAAGUUAUACUAAGGUGCAAAUGUAUAUUAUUUAAACAGAAUGUUUUAACAAUUAGACUAUAGUAUUAAGGGCAUGUGUCAACCUGCAGUGACUCCAUCUUUCAAUUUUAUUUGAAUAUUUGCAUUAAUAAACGGAUGAACUGUUUAUUUAA